UAGGAUCUUAGAGAAGAGCUGGCAGGUCAGGCUGAGCAUUUAUCUGCUGCUAGAGGAGGUGAAGGAAAGAGUAGACACUUGGCAAGCACUCCAGCACAUCUCAGGAUCAUGCCCAGUGGGAUUACAUGGGAGCAAGGCAACUCUCUGCUGAUCUGAAAAGACACUGAUCACGAAUUAGAAAAUGGAAGACCUUCAUAAAAGCUCUCUGGAAUACAAAACAAAAGAUACUCCGGUGAAGACAGAAUUGGGCUCCCGCUGUGUAGUCUUUACUUAUUAUCAAGGGGACAUUAAUAGUGUUGUUGAUGAACACUUUUCUAGAGCCCUAAGGACUAUAAAGGACCCACAGGACUUAAGCACUAAAAAUCGAGGGGAUGACUACCUUCCAAAGAACAUGAGUACUAUGGCAACAGAUGAUAUGAACUGGACAAAGACUUAUCAAGCAACACCUCCUGUAAGGAUGCCUGCAUCUGUCUUAACACCAGUACCUUCUACAUCAGACCACUAUGCCACAGUUUUUCAAACGCAUCCUCAUCAGCAAGACGUUUGGUCCCUUUAUCAUAUUGGGCCUCAUAACCCCAUUGCCCCUGUUUAUCAGCACUCAGUGUCAGACUUCCCUAUGGUCCCAGGCACUGGCCCUGAUGGCAAGCCCGGCUCUCUUCUAAGUCUUCUACAGCAUGAAAGAUAUCCAGUUCCUCUUCAGGAGUCGAUGAUUAAACAGGAGAUUCUCACAUCUACAUCAUCAGGGAUCUCUGCUCCAGUAAACCCAAACCCAAGGAUGAAUCCUCAAACAGAUCUGCAUUCUCAGGACCGAAGAAAAGACUAUUUUCAUCCUCAAGAUAGAAGGAAGGAUUUAUACUUUUAUUAAGUGAAUAUUUUCAAUUCAAUUCUUUCUCAUUCCAUGGAUAUACUUGUAAAUAUUUUGUAAAGUACAUUUGAAGGCCUUUUGAUUAGAGAUGGACUUUCUUAUUGGACAAGAGUAAAAUAAUAUGUAGUGUUGCCAUUCCCAUGGUGCAAUUGCUUUCUUCAUACUGGACACUGGAAAGCAAAUGUGUAAACUGUUUGUGGGAACCUUGCCUUCUUUGCACUGGAUUUAAGGAGCCCUAAAGAAGAAAAUGGGUUAUGUUUUUCUGUGCUCUUAGAUACCUAUGGCUGUGACCUUUACUUUCUUUCUUCAGAAACCAUAACAUUUACCUACAAGUUCUGACAUGAGAGAGGCAUCAGAGUGUAGAAAAUGGGCUUCAAUUUAUUAAAAUCCCAGUUUAAAGGUGUAUUUAAUUAUUACAUUGUUUGGGUGAUUAGUAGUUACUUUAUGUAUAUUUUUAAGCUUUUGUUAGUUGUCUAUUAAACAUAUUUUAAUUGCUGAUAAUAUUAAACAUGGUCCCAGUUGUGGGCCAAAUGAAGUUUGUCUGAUUGUUUGGCCCUAGGCCAACAAUCAAAAUAAAUAGGAAGGGGCUGUGCUGGCCCAGACUGGCAAUCUGUGGGUUCUGGCAAAUGCCAGAGGGGCUGCUGUAAGAUACCAUAGACAGUUACUAUUUAGUGGGAUAGUGGGGGCUGUUUAGGCCUCUGGCUGGUAAAAAUAUUUUAGAAAAGUGGCAAGCCUAAAUGGCAGGGCCUAUUCUGAAUCCCAGUCCAGACCUGGAGCUGUGUAUACCUAUUGACCGAGGAGUAUAUCCACAAACCUUAUGUGGUUUGAUUUUCCAUGCUGCCUGAUCAGCAUCUUAUCGAGCCAUAAUCACAUAUUUAUAGGGUAGGGUAUUGUUUUGGGCUCAAACUUCAGUUAGCUGCCAAAACCUGAAAAGCUGUGUGUCAUUUUGGUGUGAAAAUUCAGCCACUGUCUAAAUAUACACAAUGAAAAAGAAAAGGUUCUGUUUAUAUUCCAAAACAUAUCAUUUGUAUACGUCACAAUCUGUUUAUGUUGCCCCAAGCAGCCAUAUUUCCACAAUGUGCUACUGGAAGUCAAUUCUACUAUCCAGUACAAUUAACCUCUGAGCCAGACUCUCCUCCUAUUGCUUGGGAUAAAACAUGCAACACUAUCCACCAGCAGUAUUCUAUCAAUGUAGCUGAGCAACAUGCAUUUUAAAAAAAAUGUAUUUGAGAAGAAAUGACACUCCGGUAAUGAAGUUAAAACACUAUUAAUAUUACUGAUAAAAGUCGCCAGUUUUUAAAGCAUUUUGCUUCAGAGUCAUAUGCAGUCAGUAGAAACUAGAUGUAUUUUUAAUGCUAAUUGCAUGGUUGUUUUUCCAUAGCCUUUAAUCCAUCUGUAAAUAUCCUACCUCAAGUUUGAGCAUUAAAAAUAUUUUCUGGAGAAUAUUACUACUGAAUUAACUGCACUUUUCAUUAAGCAACACAGUAUAAAAACAUAUUAUGUAUACAGGUAUGGGACCUGUUAUCCAGAAUGCUUGGGAGUUUUCAGAAUAAAUAAUUUAAACAUUAAAUAAACCCAAUAGGAUUGUUUUGCCUUGAAUAAGGAUUAAUUAUAUCUUAGUUGGGAUCAAAUAAAAUGUAUUGUUCUGUUAUUACAGAGAAAAGGGAAUAGCUUUUAAAAAUUAAAAUUGUUUGAUUAAAACUGAAUUUAUGGCAGCUGGCUUUUCCAUAAUUAAUAACAUUCUGGAUAACAGGUUUCUGAAUAACAGAUCCCAUACCUGUACUUGUAUUCAUUUUUAUUUUGUUUGUAGUGGGGUAAAUAAGCAAUGUGGGCGUUCUAUUUAUUUAUAUACACUUAUACAUGUAAUCAGUUUUUAAAAAAUGCUAAAUUUCCUUAUAAAUAAAUCACUUACUGAAGAAAGUUUCAGUGUUACAAAUUUGCUUGAAUUACUGUGAAUUUACAUAAUAAAUCAGCCCAAAUGUCUUCAUUACA